GAUAUUCCUUAAUUCAGGAAUGAGAGAGCUAACCAACCGAUUGACUUUUUUGGUACCUGAAAAAUGAUUAGGUGCCACUUUCUCCUUAACGACCCAGCGACACGUACCCGAAACCAUUUUAUAGAGAACUAUUCUCUCCUCCUAUUGAUUUCCUUCUUUCUUGGUUCAUUCUCGUGGUCUCUAUUGGUUUUGCGUCUUGAAGCAAAAGAAAACAUGGAGGCCAAGAUCGGGCAAUUCUUCGAGGCAGUCACCUCCUUUUUCAGCGGCGGAGAUCAGAUCCCAUGGUGCAAUCACGACAUCAUCGCCGGCUGUGAAAGAGAAGUUGCUGACACUGCGAAUGGUGUCUCAGAUGAACGUAAGAAUGAAAGCAUUAUGCGGCUAUCCUGGGCUUUGGUUCAUUCUAGACAACCGGAAGAUGUGCAGCAUGGGAUAGGUAUGCUUGAAGCUUCGUUAGCCAAUACCAACAGUCCGUUGCAAAAGAGAGAGAAGCUAUAUCUUCUGGCUGUUGGCUAUUACAGAAGUGGUGAAUAUUCAAGGAGUAGGCUUCUCUUAGAACAAUGUUUGGAGAUUGCACCUGAUUGGAGGCAGGCUUUGUCCCUUAAAACGACUGUUGAAGAUCGAAUUACUAAAGACGGUGUUAUCGGAAUCGGCAUUAGCGCUACUGUUGUAGGACUUAUUGCUGGCGGGAUUGCUGCAGCAUUGGCCCGAAAGAAUUGAUCACCUUGAUCCGAAAUAUGUGCAGUUGAAAUGUUCUCCUUCGGCAGUUAUUUUAAGAAAGGGGCAUCACUGGUUCAUUCUUACAAAUUGAUGAUUUUAUCAUUUAUUUGGUGACUCAAAUUUCAUAUAUAUGAGAAUUACUUCAUACAAAUAAUGCUCAAGGCAAG